AUGUGCUCCAGUCUCCUCCUGCGGUUGACGUCGCUUUCAGCACGCAGUGUUGCAUCGGUCCCCGUCGGUGUGGGCAGCUUUGCGGAGGGCCAUAGACGACAACAAGAGACAUUGAAGGCGGCUGCUCAUAAGGCAGAUCAAGUUCAUCCGGACAAAUCUGCGACGGGCGCAACGACGGCGGACAAGCACGACCCCGACGAGCUGAAGAAAAGGAUCAUGGACAGGCGCAAUGUGAAUCUCUCAGGACAAACAUUCGUGCUGCAAAAGCGUCUUGCAUCAGGAAGGGCGAUGCGAAAGGUGCUUCUGGAAAAUCUAAAGAUCGUACGACGUCCGAAUGCGACCAGGACGGCACGUAGGAUGCACAGGCAGCUUUCUCGACUCGAAUCAAAUCGACAGCUGCUGCAAGAAGCCAGGCUUGGCGGUGGCAAGGACGAUGAUCGCGUCAAGAAGGGCAUCAAGCUGGCAUUGUGAGUCAAAGGCGUCUGUCCAGCCCGAGCGCCGACGACGGCAAUGGCUGAAAAUCCGUCGUGUCGCCUGCGUGACGAAGGGCUACUGGCGCAGUGACUGGCGUGGGUGUCGCAUCCUACCAAGGCGGCAAAGCUUUGGCAAGCCAUCAGCACUUUGUGGACGUGACGAGGUGCGAAUCUGGCUCCUCUGAGAGCGGCUGCAAUAGCUUCCGAGCCACCGGGAAGCCAUAG